AUGGUCACUGGAUCCUUCGUUGGAGGAAUUGUCACUCACAUUUUCAGCGAACGUGCUGCAACCGUGGUAUCCGCAUGUGGUAAUAUUGUCUGCGUGGUAAUUAUUUUUGUUUUCAUCCCGAAGGACACAAAAGCAAUACGCCAGAAGUUAGACAAUUUACAGCAAAAAUUAAACAGAACAUCCCUCGAACCGCCGCCAUUCUCAAUGUCAUCAUUCAGUAUCACGCAAAUAUUUUCAAUUCUAAAAAUCAAAAUCAUACAGUAUUUAUUAUUCUUAAAAAUCAUGUCAGCAUUUCCAUUUAGCUUGAUCUAUUCCAUGUUUUCGAUUGCAAUAAUGGAUUAUUUCAAACUUGGACCAAAAUAUAAUGGCGCCAUAUUAGCGUACGUUGGAAUACUUGGAAUUUUCGUGCAAGGUGUUUUAAUCGGGUUACUUACGAAGAAAUUUCAAGAUCCCGAAUUAAUUAAAUACUCUAUGUUUCUAAUCGCAGCUUCAUGCAUGUUUCUCAUAGUCGCUGAUAACAUUUUCUUUUUUUGUUUUCUUCUGUUCCCUUUAUCAAUUGGAGCGAUAACUUCACAUAUUGUUUUACUAGCAGCCAUAACAAAGGUUGUUCCAAUCACUGACACAGGAUCUGCUCUUGGAUUAACUUUAGCUUUACACGCCGUAGUACGUUCUAUUGCACCCACAUUGGGUGGCUUGUUGUUUACAGCAAUUGGGUGGCCGAUAUUUGGUGCAGUUGGCUACGUGAUGCAUUUGUUUCUGUCUGGAUUUGUUGUGCUAAACGGACGAAAAGAUUACUGA